AUGGAGGUGUUUGUUCGAGGUGCGUCUGAGCGGGCAACAGAGGCUCAAAUGACGAAUUUCUUCCAACCGACCAUGAGUGGGCUUUCAAUCGAAAGCUGGCACUGCCAGAAGUGGAAGCAGAAACGUUUUGCGACAUUAACCUUCCUCAGAAAGGAAGAAGGGAACAAAUUCUUAAACAAACAUGGACAGACAAGGAACAGUCAAACCCGCGGCUCUUCUCCCCUUAUAUUCCAAGGUGCUCUGCUUCUCUGUAGUCUGAGCAACAAGCCGCCCGAACCGUUUGCCCUGAAGAGUCUGGAGAUGGAUGCGAACGCGAGGAAGUCAGGGUCUACGACCAAGAAGACACCACAUUCAGUACCUGGCCAGGGCCACAGUACUCUCGAGUGCUCAUCUGUAUCAUGUGGGAUUUGGGAUUACAUUGGUUCAGACCUCGUCUUCACGUCAUACCUGGAUUUGAAAGUACACGGAAAAGUAAAGUUCGGCUCAAAGGUUGCUGUUAUAACCUUGGACACCAAUCAGCGCAUUGAUAUACUGUACUCAAUAGUGCAACAAAUCACGACCGAGGGCCUCCCGCAGCCUGCAAUCACUGUCACGUUGAGUGAGGCUCCACACUUCUUCAAAUCUGCCAAUAGCGGCGAUUCGACGAGCACAACACUUGCAAUGAAUACGGAGCACUUGGUCAGAUUGAUGGAGUCUUUGAUUACAAAACCCACUCAAGGUCAAAGUAGACUGAGAGUCCCUGGAUUGGACAGUGAACAUGAGAAGAUUUCGGGAAGCUGUCUGGUAUACAGGAUUGGGCUUGUCAGUGAUUCGCUUUCGGAGCAAAUGAAAGCUCUGAGCUACGCGCGUGGGAUACCACCAACUGUUCAGCGCCAUGUCAGCAUGCGCAGAUCGAAAGACCGAUAUGUAACAGAGAUUAAUAGGCUCCUCCAAACACUGGCAACCUCCUACUCCACACUUCCGUUCGAGAUCGCCUUCCAGGUACAAAAAUUGGCACAAAAUAGUUAUCUGUCACCAAGUACAGUCCUAGAAUUGUUACCAGAGAUAGUAUGCUUGUGGAAGCGAUCUGAUCACCGUGUUUGUACCCGUGCAGUUCGUCGUCUGUUCAACGAGAUUCCCUUCCGCGGUCCCGAUACCGAUGCCAUGACAUUUCAGGUCGAUACGUUAAUAUCGUUACUAAAGGACAACGAAAAGAAAUUGAAGAGCGGAGGCCUCUAUGUUGAUGAACCAAUGGAAUCUGACAAUGUAGCUAUCAUACAUAGGAUCAGUGUUACGCCUACUGGGAUCUAUAUGUAUGGCCCGGACCCUGAACAGAAUAACCGCGUUCUUCGAAAGUAUCCCAAGCAUCACAAUUUUUUCCUCCGCGUUCAAUUCUGUGAUGAAAGUGGCGAACAGGUCCAAUACAAUCCUGGGGCGUCCAAUGAUCCAAUAUUCUACGAAAGAUUUAAGAAGGUGUUGGAUGAAGGUAUUCUAAUAACCGGGAGACAAUUUUCAUUCCUGGGAUUCUCCCAUUCGUCUCUUCGAGCACAAUCUUGCUGGUUUAUGGCCCCAUUCUUCCAUAAUGGGCAUCUUCUCCUUGACCGAAACCUCAUUGCAGGUCUGGGUGAUUUCUCGAACAUCCGAUGUCCAGCAAAAUGUGCUGCUAGAAUAGGACAAGCAUUUUCAGAGACUCCGACGGCGGUCACUCUAGAACCCGGAGUUGCUAAGGUCAUGAACGACGUGGAACGGAAUGGGCGUGUAUUUAGUGAUGGCGUUGGAACAGUGUCGAUGUCUGUCAUAGAGCAGAUAUGGGAUAGUCUACCGAGAGCAAGACAAAAGCAAACAACUCUCUUUCAGAUCCGAUACUCCGGCGCAAAAGGCAUGAUUGCUUUAGAUAGUCGUCUUCAAGGCCACUCCAUUUAUUUGCGUAAGUCGAUGAUAAAGUUCCCUGGGUCUGACUCAACCGAUAUCGAGAUAUGCGGUGCUGCGUACAAACCACUCCCACUAUAUCUCAACCAGCAGAGUAUCAAAAUACUCGAAGACAUGGGCGUCAAGGAUGAGUUUUUCCUCGACCUUCAAGCAAAAGAGGUUGAACGGCUUCGAAUGGUUACAACCAGUUCGGUAAAUGCCUCGAUAUUUCUCAGAACGCAAAGUGUUGGCGACUUAAUACAACUCCCGUGGUUCAUUAAAAAGCUAGAUAGCUUAAAUCUAUCAUUUAAAGCAGACAGUUUCCUUUGA